UACCCAAAAUCCCUAUAAAAAAGAAAAAGAAAGCCAUAUAAAUUCUUGCCACUCCCCACUAACUCGAAAGAAAAAAAAAGGUCCUGUUCUCACAAAGACUAUAUCAUCCACAAACACAAACACCAUCAUCAUAUCAAAUCAAAACCUAUUUUAAACAAGCAAACAAUCAAACCCACAUUAAUCCAUCCAUGGGUAGAUCUCAACAACGUUAUAGAGGUGUUCGCCAAAGACAUUGGGGAUCUUGGGUUUCCGAAAUUCGCCACCCUCUCUUGAAAACUAGAAUUUGGUUAGGCACAUUUGAGACAGCAGAGGAUGCAGCCCGAGCAUAUGAUGAAGCGGCUAGGCUAAUGUGCGGUUCUAGAGCACGAACAAACUUCCCUUAUGAUGAAAAACUAUCACAAUCUUGUUCUUCAAAGCUACUCUCCACAACUUUGAGAGCUAAAUUACAUAAAUGCCACUUGACAUCUCUUGAAAUGACAAAGAAAACAGGGGUGGUGGGUAACAAAGAAGAUCAAGAAACACAACAACAAUCUUCUUCUUCUAGUUCAUCUGAAUCAGGGGAGUUCAUGGAGCAUAAAGGUAGUUUUGCGAAUAUGGUGAAUUGGGAGGGUAAAAUGGAGAAUGUGCAACAUUAUAAGUCUCCUGAAGAUGAACAUAUACAACAAAUGAUAGAGGAGCUACUUGAUUAUGGGACAUUUGAGUUUUGUUCUGUUUUACAAAACUAAGGCCAUUGAUGAUUUGUUUUUGGUUCGAAUGAAAAUGUACGUGCUAGCUAGUUACCUACGAGGAGUACAACUUUUGCGGUCCAUGACGUCGAUGCGUGGUUAGUAAAUAUCGGGCAAAAAGCAUGAUUUGAAUGUAAGAUCUUCGACGUUAUUAAAAGAGUCGCAACCACUUUGACAAAAUUACUAUUACUAAAAAUCUUGUUAUUGUCAUCAUGGUUAGUUGCUUAAUAUCACACUUUGUGCCAAAUAUAAAUAAUUGGGAAUGAACUUGAGACCAUUUGGGUAUUAAA